ACUGGGAAGGUUGUUGAGUCCUUCCAGAGAUGUGGCAGUGGAGCUAAGAAUACCCAAACCACACACCAGCAAUCCUAAGCAGGCACUUCAUGGGCGUGGUGGGGUAUUCUGUCGCUCCCCCACCCCCUCUGAGCAAGUUCAAAUGGGUUCCAAGAACUUUUUGACUCAGUUACCUCUUUGACUGGACUGAGUGACUUCCAGGCCCUUGGGCCACCCCCCUUGCCCUGUGCCCGGCUCACGUUUGUCACCUAGUUCUUUGUUGUCCAGAACUUUGCAGACGCUGGACAUCGAAUAAAUGGGAUUCUCAAAAUUCUUGACUAUGCAAAUAUUUUUGAUUGAUUCCACAACUGGGCCCUAAACCGCUCAGCUUUGUGAUGGUUUUUUCGUCCCUCUGGUUACAGCCAAUAAAUCAAUCUCCAUUUCCUCAAGGUCACCAUGGACGAUAUUAUAACACAGUCUUGUUGGACUGAGGUGGGGGCUGGGGCACCUAUACAUCUGGGCGCCCUGUUUUCUGAACUUUACUUAAAGUGAAUCUGAGGCAAGAGCUUCGCUGUUUUGAGGUGUGUACCAGUUUUCCCAAGAACGUUUCUGAGGUCUUAUAAUUGGCACUCUUUAAUGGUCUCAUAAUUGAAACCCAGGAGGUUCCCGUGGUAAUCUUGAAGCACCUUGGGGUCAGUGGGACAGAAGCAGGUUGGAAACAGCAGUGGAGUUAUGAUUUUCCUGCCAGAUGAGUUUUACAGUGAGUUUAUGCAAGAGGUAGAAAUGAAAGAGGAGUUGCCUCACUGUGCCACUUUGCUGACACUGCCCCCCCCCCCCUUAUUACUCAGUUUGGCCCUUUCAGGAGACUGGAGGCUGUCUAUUCCUAUGAAAUCUGAGGGUUGAGAACUCAGACAGUGUCCCUUUCAUCCUGUUUCAAGAGAUCUGAGAAUGCAAGAGACAUUUCCCCAGGAGAAAUUGCCCAAGACACAGGCAUUGGCUUUACUCUGGAGAGGUUGCUAGAGGCGGUGGUGAUUGCUUCUUGGCCAUAGGUGUGGGUGGGAGACAGAGGACCCUGCUUAGCUGUUGAUUGGUUUGCCAGCUUGUGAUAAGAUGGUGAUUUAUGUUCCUUUCCAUCCUCCAAAUGGAUUUGGAGAUUUUCCUUUCUUUGAAGUGCUCUUUCAAGUGUUUGGGCUCCUACCUCUCUUCGGCAACUUAUCUGUGGUUUCCAUUCCCUAAGAAGGAGCAGGGGACUUUACUCAUUAAAAAAUUCAGUGGGACUUCCUCAGGGACCCCCAGGGUUUAAGCAAGAAGACAAGAAGCGAGCCUGGUGGUCACAGUAUUCCACGAGACCCUAUGGGGUCUGGGUUCAGCAAACUUUGCUGGGUUCAGCAAAGUCCCUGAUAGGGUUAAUGAUUAAGGGGUUUUCUGUCUGUCUUUCAAACAAGUAGGAAGAAGCUGAAGAAGAGCCAAAUGCACCAGUUAAUUGAUGUCCAGUACUUUCUGGCCUCUGAUCCCAGCACGAACUUCCUGGAACCCAUGACCCAUGAAGUCUUGUCAACACUCACACCAUCUGAGGGUAGCAGCCAUGAAGUAGAAGAAGCAGAGUGGUGCAGGGGAUUGUAGUAGCCAUCUGAGUGACUCCGGUGGCUUAUGGGACGUUGGCUUGGACCCUUUGUGACACCGUGCUGCAUGGGAUGAUGACGACCCGGAGAGAAAAAAGGCCUGCGGUCACCCUUGCCUGCCUCCUCUUAGCCACAGCAGGCUGCUUCGCUGACUUGAACCAGGUUCCCCAGGUCACUGUCCAGCCCUCUUCCACUGUCCAGAAGCUGGGAGGAACUGUGAUCCUGGGCUGCGUGGUGGAGCCCCCGUGGAUGAAUGCCACCUGGCGCCUGAACGGGAAGGAGCUGAAUGGCUCAGAUGAUGCUCUGGGCAUCCUCAUCACCCGCGGGACGCUGGUGGUCACUGCCCUCAACAACCACACGGUGGGACGGUACCAGUGUGUGGCCCGCAUGCCUGCAGGAGCCGUGGCCAGCGUGCCAGCCACUGUGACACUAGCCAAUCUCCAGGAUUUCAAGUUGGAUGUGCAGCAUGUGAUUGAAGUAGAUGAGGGGAACACAGCAGUCAUUGCCUGCCACCUUCCUGAGAGCCACCCGAAAGCUCAGGUCCGAUACAGUGUCAAGCAAGAGUGGCUGGAGGCAUCUCGAGAUAACUACCUGAUCAUGCCAUCAGGAAACCUCCAGAUUGUGAACGCGAGCCAGGAGGAUGAGGGAACAUACAAGUGUGCUGCCUACAACCCGGUGACCCAAGAAGUGAAAACCUCGGGCUCCAGUGACAGGCUCCGCGUGCGCCGCUCCACCGCCGAGGCUGCUCGUAUCAUCUACCCUCCAGAGGCCCAGACGAUCAUUGUCACCAAAGGCCAGAGUCUGAUCCUGGAGUGCGUGGCCAGUGGGAUUCCACCCCCGCGGGUCACCUGGGCCAAGGAUGGGUCCAGUGUCGCUGGCUACAAUAAGACACGCUUCCUGCUGAGCAACCUCCUCAUUGACGCCACCAGUGAGGAGGACUCGGGGACUUACCGCUGCAUGGCUGACAAUGGGGUCGGGGAGCCUGGGGCAGCAGUCAUACUCUACAACGUCCAGGUAUUUGAGCCCCCUGAGGUCACCAUGGAGCUGUCCCAGCUGGUCAUCCCAUGGGGCCAGAGUGCCAAGCUCACCUGUGAAGUGCGUGGGAACCCCCCGCCAUCUGUGCUGUGGCUGAGGAAUGCCGUGCCCCUGGCCUCCAGCCAGCGCCUCCGACUGUCCCGCAGGGCCCUGCGGGUGGUCAGCGUAGGGCCUGAGGACGAAGGCGUCUACCAGUGCAUGGCUGAGAAUGAAGUUGGGAGUGCCCAUGCUGUGGUCCAGCUGAGGACCGCCAGGCCAGGCACGACCCUGAGGCCAUGGCGGGAUGCUAAGCUGGACACUGCCACACCUCCCAUGCCGCCCUCAAGACCUGGAAGCCCUGAGCAGAUGCUGAGGGGACGCCCAGGGCUCCCCAAACCCCUGACGUCCAUGCAGCCAGCUUCCCCACAGUGCGCUGGAGAGAAGGGGCAGGUGGCUCCUGCUGAGGCGCCCAUCAUCCUCAGCUCACCGCGGACUUCCAAGACUGACUCGUACGAGCUGGUGUGGCGGCCUCGGCACGAGGGUGGCAGCCGGGCUCCUAUCCUCUACUACGUGGUGAAACACCGCAAGCAGGUCACAAACUCCUCUGACAACUGGACUGUCUCCAGCAUUGCAGCCAACCAGCACCGCCUGACCCUCACCAGACUUGACCCUGGGAGCUUGUAUGAAGUGGAGAUGGCAGCUUACAACUGUGCAGGGGAAGGCCAGACAGCCAUGGUCACCUUCCGAACUGGACGGCGGCCCAAACCUGAAAUCAUGGCCAGCAAGGAGCAGCAGAUACAGAGAGACGACCCUGGAGCCAGCCCCCAAAGCAGCAGCCAGCCAGACCACGGCCGCCUCUCUCCCCCAGAAGCCCCUGACAGGCCCACUAUCUCCAUGGCCUCUGAGACAUCUGUGUAUGUGACCUGGAUUCCCCGUGGGAAUGGUGGCUUCCCAAUCCAGUCCUUCCGUGUAGAGUACAAGAAGCUAAAGAAAGUGGGGGACUGGAUUCUGGCCACCAGCGCCAUCCCUCCUUCCCGGCUCUCGGUGGAGAUCACUGGUCUAGAGAAAGGCACCUCCUACAAGUUCCGUGUCAGGGCUCUGAACAUGCUGGGGGAGAGCGAGCCCAGUGCCCCUUCCAGGCCAUAUGUGGUGUCCAGCUAUAGUGGCCGUGUGUAUGAGAGGCCUGUGGCAGGCCCUUACAUCACCUUCACGGAUGCUGUCAAUGAGACCACCAUCAUGCUCAAGUGGAUGUAUAUUCCAGCAAGUAACAACAACACCCCAAUCCAUGGAUUUUAUAUCUAUUAUCGGCCCACAGACAGUGACAACGAUAGUGACUACAAGAAGGAUAUGGUGGAAGGGGAUAGAUACUGGCAUUCCAUCAGCCACCUGCAGCCAGAGACCUCCUACGACAUCAAGAUGCAGUGCUUCAACGAAGGAGGAGAGAGUGAGUUCAGCAACGUGAUGAUCUGUGAAACCAAAGCCCGGAAGUCUUCUGGCCAUCCUGGUCGGCUCCCACCCCCGACUCUGGCCCCACCUCAGCUGCCACCCCCUGAAACCAUAGAACGGCCAGUGGGCACCGGGGCCAUGGUGGCACGCUCCAGCGACCUGCCCUACCUGAUUGUCGGGGUCGUCCUGGGUUCUGUCGUCCUCAUCAUCGUCGCCUUCAUCCCCUUCUGUUUGUGGAGGGCCUGGUCUAAGCAAAAACAUACAACAGACCUGGGUUUUCCUCGAAGUGCCCUUCUGUCCUCCUCCUGCCAAUACACUAUGGUACCACUGGGAGGACUCCCAGGCCACCGAGCCAGUGGGCAGCCCUACCUCAGUGGCACCAGUGGACGGGCCUGUGCCAAUGGGAUCCAUGUGAACAGGGGCUGCCCUGCCGCUGCCAUGGGCUACCCAGGCCUGAAACCUCAGCAACACUGCCCAGGGGCGCUUCGGCAGCGGGAUGACCCCAGCAGCCUGCUGAAGCAGACCGUUCUUGGCACUGGAUAUGACCCCCCCAGUCACCAGAUUCCUAGGGGUCCCAAGUCUAGCCCAGAGGAUGGCUCUUUCUUAUAUACACUGCCUGAUGACUCCACUCACCAGCUGCUCCAGCCCCACCAAGACUGUCACCACCUCCAGGAGCAGCCCGCCCCCACAGGCCAGUCAGGCAUGAGGAGCGUACCCCAGGGUCCUGGGCUGGAAGCAACGUGGGACCCUCUUUUUCACCAAGGGCCCCCGUGCUGCUUGGGCCUUGUCCCAGUUGAAGAGGUGGACAGUCCUAACUCCUGCCAAGUGGGUGGUGGAGACUGGUGUUCCCAGCACCCCAAAGGAGCCUACACAGGGCAGGAGCUCGGGAUACGGCUCUCCCCCAGCCCACCAUUGCAUGUAUCUUUUGAAACACCACCUCCUGCAAUUUAGGCAGAAACCAAUAUCCCAGAAAGACUAUAUAUUGUUUUUAAAAAGAGACAGAAAAUUGGUAUUUAUUUUUCUAUAAUAGUCAUAUUUAUAUAUUUAUGCACUUGUAAAUAAAUGUAUAUGUGUUUUUAUAAUUCUGGAGAGAUGUAGGGAAUCCUACGCAUUGAGGUAUGAGAAGGGAAUCAAAGAAGCCCCAAUACAGGAUUCAACCAGGAAAGAGUAACAUAGACUGAGAAGGCAGCCCUUCCCUAGAGCCUCUGUCACUGCCCAGGAGGCCGCAGAAGGCCCCCAGAGAAGCUUGCGGAAGGAAGAAUCUUAGCACACUGUUCGUGACAACGAUGAAGGAAAAGCAAGGGCCCCACUAUCACAGGCUCGAGACACUCGUGAAGACGGCUGGAGCUGGUACUACAGGAGAUGUUUUCAGAAGAUGCCCACGAGAAUGGACUAAGAUGUGUAUAGUCCUACAAGCAUUAACAGACCUUCCAGAAUCAAUCUGUGGCAGCAUAUCUCUGUAAAAACAAACACUGUAACUUCUAAAUAAAUGUUUAGUCUUCCCUGUA